GCGACGGUUAACAGAAACAAUAGCAUCAUAACUUUUCUCCCCUAAUUUUCGCUUCCCCCUCUCUCUGUGCGGGUGGCAACACACCAGAUCUAGGGUUUUCAGCUUAGCUUGAACCCAGAAACAUGCACAUCACACUGGAAUUUGGUGGGGGGCUGGAGCUUCUUUGUGAUUCAGUGAAGAUACAUAAUGUGGAUGUGGAACUUAAAAAAGGAUUGGAGAAGUUAACAAUGAAAGAUUUGCUUGCUUGGGUUCGUACCAAUUUGAUCAAGGAGAGGCCUGAAAUGUUCAUGAAAGGUGAUACCGUGAGACCUGGCGUUCUUGUUCUGGUGAACGACUGUGAUUGGGAGCUCAGUGGGCAGCUUGAAACAACCCUGCAAGAGAAGGAUGUGGUGGUUUUCAUUUCAACCUUGCAUGGUGGCUAAAAGCCUAAGUGCAGCAGCGAGCUUCUUUCAGUCAUUCGUGGUACUCUUUAAACAUACAUAAAAUCUCAACCUGCGUUUCCCUGAAACUUAAUUGCCAGGGUAUCCCUGCAAAAGUUUGAAGCUCUACCUGUUGUCUGUUUGUACUCCCUUCAUAACCUAGUUCUCCAGCAACUUGUUUUAACUUUUCACUGUACCUGUUGUCGCAAUUUACUAAUAGUAUAAGAUAGCAAAAGAUGAGGUUCUGGGUUGACUUCUGGGUUUUUGGUCGUCGGUUUCAGAUGAAACCCAUUGAAACCCCUGACCACCGUCGCUCAACCUUCCCUUGCAUCUGGUUCUGCCAUCGGGAAAACAAAACUGAUUCUAAUCC